ACUGCUGCUGUCGCGCAGGAGGAAGAGGAUGGCGGGGCCGCGGCCCAGCCCAUGGACCAGGCUGCUGCUGGCAGCCCUGCUGAGCGUCAGCGUCCCCGGGGACAUGGGUGAGUCCCGCCCGCCCCUGCGGCACCCCUCUUGUGGGGGCUGCGGAGCCGGGAGCCUUGUGAGAGGACGGGCGGGGCGCAGGCGGGUCCUCGCCCCUGACCCUCUCCCUCCCCCUGUGCCCAGGCUGAAGGAGCCCUGGCCCAACAGCGACGCCCCCUUCUCCUUCAAGAACGUCAUCAGCCUGACCGACGACGUGGCCGAGUUCCGGAGGAAGCUGCAGCAAGAGCGCAUCUCUGGCAACCUGGACGCCCCGGAAGGCGGCUUCGACGCCAUCCUGCAGACGGCCGUGUGCACGAGGGACAUCGGCUGGCGCCCUGACAGCACCCACCUGCUGGUGUUCUCCACCGAGUCCGCCUUCCACUAUGAGGCCGACGGUGCCAACGUGCUGGCUGGCAUCUUGAAGCGAAAUGACGAGGAGUGCCACCUGGACGCCACAGGCACCUACACCCAGUACAAGACACAGGACUACCCGUCUGUGCCCACCCUGGUGCGCCUGCUGGCCAAACACAACAUUAUCCCCAUCUUCGCCGUCACCAACUACUCCUACAGCUACUACGAGAAGCUGCACAAGUACUUCCCCGUGUCCUCGCUGGGCGUGCUGCAGGAAGACUCGUCCAACAUCGUGGAGCUGCUGCAGGAGGCCUUCAACCGCAUUCACUCCAACCUGGACAUCCGGGCCCUGGACAGCCCCCGCGGCCUGCGGACAGAGGUCACCUCCAAGAUGUUCCAGAAGACGGAGACGGGGUCCUUUCACAUCCGGCGAGGAGAAGUGGUACGUUUUCACGGGGCCCCGGGGCGGGAGGCGGGCACAGCCCCUGCGAGGGGGUCAGCCUCUCAGCUCCCCCAGGCCCUCCCCGGCGGGUGGGCCACCAGGACUGCAGGUGUGAAUGGGCUCUCCCGCCUCCUCUCUGCAGACCGGGGACGCUGCUCCAUGGGCCGGUGUGAGUGCGAGCCCGGCUGGACAGGCUUGAGCUGUGACUGCCCUCUCAGCAAUGCCACCUGCAUCGACAGCAAUGGGGGCGUCUGCAAUGGGCGUGGCCACUGCGAGUGUGGCCGGUGCCACUGCAACCAGCAGUCCCUCUACACAGACACCACCUGCGAGAUCAACUACUCGGCGGUCCGUCUGGGCCUCUGCGAGGACCUGCGCUCCUGCGUGCAGUGCCAGGCCUGGGGCACGGGCGAGAAGAAGGGGCGCACGUGCGAGGAGUGCAGCUUCAAGGUCAAGAUGGUGGAUGAGCUUAAGAACAGUAAGGAGCAGGGGCCGAGGAUCGGGGGUGCCGAGAGCCCAGGCCGGGGCAUUCAGUGGGGUACGAGGUGUCACUUAUCUGGACAGGGGUACAGAGCUGGGCAGAGGCCUCCUAAUCUAAACGGAGGCUGCGCAGCCCUAGCCGGUUUGGCUCAGUGGAUAGAGCGUCCGCCUGUGGACUUGAAGGGUCCCAGGUUCGAUUCCGGUCAAGGGCACAUGCCCUGGUUGCGAGCUCGAUCCCCAGUGGGGGGCUUGCAGACCUGGGAGGGCGGCCCCGGCUUUGCCACCCACGCUGCCGCACCAACCCCCACGGAGCUGGUGCCCUACGGGCUGUCCCUGCGCCUCGCCCGCCUCUGCACCGAGAACCUGCUGAAGCCGGACACGCGGGAAUGUGACCAGCUGCGCCAGGAGGUGGAGGAGAACCUGAACGAGGUGUACAGACAGAUCGCAGGCUCGCACAAGCUCCAGCAGACCAAGUUCCGGCAGCAGCCCAACGCCGGGAAAAAGCAGGACCACACCAUUGUGGACACGGUGCUGAUGGCUCCCCGCUCGGCCAAGCAGGCCCUGCUGAAGCUGACGGAGAAGCAGGUGGCCCAGCGGGCCUUCCACGAGCUCAAGGUGGCCCCGGGGUACUACACCCUCACUGCGGACCAGGACGCCCGGGGCAUGGUGGAGUUCCAGGAGGGCGUGGAGCUGGUGGACGUCCGGGUGCCCCUCUUCAUCCGGCCGGAGGACGACGAUGAGAAGCAGCUGCUGGUGGAGGCCCUCAACGUGCCCAUGGGCACCGCCACCCUCGGCCGCCGCCUGGUGAACAUCACCAUCAUCAAGGAGCAAGCCAACGGGAUAGUGUCCUUUGAGCAGCCUGAGUACCUGGUCAGUGCCAGUGAGCAAGUGGCCCGCAUUCCCGUCGUCCGGCGCAUCCUGGACAACGGCAAGUCCCAGGUCUCCUACCGCACACAGGACAACACGGCGCAGGGCAACCGGGACUACAUCCCCACGGAGGGCGAGCUGCUGUUCCAGCCCGGGGAGACCUGGAAGGAGCUGCAGGUGAAGCUCCUGGAGCUGCAGGAGGUGGACUCCCUCCUGCGGAGCCGCCAGGUCCGCCGCUUCAACAUCCAACUCAGCAACCCCAAGUUCGGGGCACGCCUGGGCCAGCCCCACUCGGCCACGGUCGUCAUCGGGGACCGAGACGAACUGGACCUGACCUUCCAGAACCAGACCCAGUCUGCAUUCCCAGUCUCCCACAAUGUCCUGGGCGCCCCACAGAACCCCAACGCCAAAGCCGCCGGCUCUCGGAAGAUCCACUUCAACUGGCUGCCCCCUCCUGGCAAACCAACAGGGUACAGGGUGAGGUACUGGAUCCAGGGGGACUCCGACUCCGAAGCCCACGUGCUGGAGAGCAAGGUGCCCUCGGUGGAGCUCACCAACCUGUACCCGUACUGCGACUACGAGAUGAAGGUGUGCGCCUUUGGCACGCAGGGCGACGGCCCCUACAGCUCCCUGGUGUCCUGCCGCACCCACCAGGAAGUACCCAAUGAGCCAGGGCGUCUGGCUUUCAACGUCGUCUCCUCCACCGUGACCCAGCUGAGCUGGGCUGAGCCCUCCGAGACCAACGGCGAGAUCACGGCCUACGAGGUCUGCUACGGCCUGGUCAAUGAGGACAACCGACCCAUCGGGCCCAUGAAGAAGGUGCUGGUGGACACCCCCAAGAAGCGGAUGCUGCUCAUUGAGAACCUGCGGGAGUCCCAGCCCUACCGCUACACGGUGAAGGCGCGCAACGGGGCGGGCUGGGGGCCCGAGCGGGAGGCCAUCAUCAACCUGGCCACCCAGCCCAAGCGGCCCAUGUCCAUCCCCAUCAUCCCCGACAUCCCCAUCGUGGACGCGCAGGGCGGGGAAGACUAUGAGGGCUACCUCAUGUACAGCGACGAAGUCCUCCGCUCCCCAUCUGGCAGCCAGAGGCCCAGCGUCUCCGACGACACAGGCGGCGGCUGGAAGUUCGAGGCCCUGCUGGGGGAGGAGCUGGACCUGCGGCGCGUCACGUGGCGGCUGCCCCCGGAGGUCAUCCCGCGCCUGUCCGCCAGCAGCGGGCGGUCCUCCGACGCCACCGAGCUGCCCCACGGGCCCCCGGACGACGGCGCCGAAGGGGGCGCUGGGGGAGCCGUGGGGGAGGGCGGAGAGCACCUGGUCAAUGGACGGAUGGACUUUGCCUUCCCGGGCAGCGCCAACUCCCUGCACAGGAUGGCCACGACCAACGCCUCCUACGGCACCCACCUGAGCCCGCACCUGCCCCACCGCGUGCUCAGCACCUCCUCCACCCUCACCAGGGACUACCACUCGCUGACCCGCACGGAGCACUCGGGCACGCUGCCCAGGGACUACUCCACCCUCACCUCCCUCUCCUCGCAAAGUUCCCGCUUGGCUGCAGGUUUGCCCAACACCCCCACCCGCCUGGUGUUCUCAGCCCUGGGGCCCACGUCUCUGAAAGUGAGCUGGCAAGAGCCGCAGUGCGAGCGGGCGCUGCAGGGCUACAGCGUGGAGUACCAGCUGCUGAACGGCGGUGAGCUGCAUCGGCUCCACAUCCCCAACCCCGGGCAGACUUCCGUGGUGGUGGAAGACCUUCUGCCCAACCACUCCUACGUGUUCCGCGUGCGGGCCCAGAGCCAGGAAGGCUGGGGCCCCGAGCGCGAGGGUGUCAUCACCAUUGAGUCACAGGUGCACCCUCAGAGCCCGCUGUUACCCCUGCCAGGCUCCGCCUUCACCCUGAGCACGCCCAGCGCCCCGGGCCCACUGGUGUUCACGGCCCUGAGCCCAGACUCGCUGCAGCUGAGCUGGGAGCGGCCGCGCAGGCCUGACGGAGACAUCCUGGGCUACAUGGUCACGUGUGAGAUGGCCCACGGAGGAGAGCCAGCCAUUACAUUCCAGGUGGAUGGUGACUGCACUGAGAGCAGGCUGACGGUGCCGGGCCUCCGGGAGAACGUGCCCUACAAGUUCAAGGUGCAGGCCAGGACCACUCAGGGCUUUGGGCCGGAGCGUGAGGGUAUCAUCACCAUCGAGUCCCAGGAUGGAGGCCCCUUCCCACAGCUGGGUGUCCUGUCCGGGCUCUACCAGCACCCACUGCCAGGCGAGUACAGCAGCAUCACCACCCACACCAGCACCGCCGAGCCCUUCCUGCUGGACGGACUGACCCUGGGGCCCCGGGGCCUGGAGGCAGGCGGCUCCCUCACCCGGCACGUGACCCAGGAGUUUGUGAGCCAGACGCUGACCACCAGUGGGACCCUCGGCAGCCAGGUCGACCAGCAGUUCUUCCAGACCUGAGCUCCCCACCGCGACCAGGCGUCCUCGAACCUGGGCCCCCACUGCCCACCCCCCUCCCCGGUGCUGCCUCAGCUACACCAUCCUUGGACCCCUGGUGGCCCCACCCACCCGCAUGCUGAUCACAGGACCAGAGCCUCUGGGGGUAGGUGCCCUCUGGGGGGCAUGUAGGGGGCAGAGGUCCCAGAAGGCCCUUGUGGCUGCCCCACUCCCAUCCCACCCAAGCGCAUUUGUAACCAUUUGUAAGCCGGGACCAGCAUGACAAGCACCCAGCUUUGUUCUGCACUUAAUAAAAGAGUUUGCUACCGUG